AUGACCACAUCGAAUAAGCAACUUGGCCUUAGAGUCCCACCAGGAAGCAUUCGCUUACGACCACGGCACGAUGACCCAUAUAGGUGGAACGUUGCCAAAUCCGUGGAUUCCCUCUUCAACUCAGAUUUGAGUCGCGGAAGCAUCGGAGUCUUCCAAAAGAUUUGCGACGCCUUGAAUUCCGGUAACCUUAUAGAGGCAGUGUCCCCCAAAAACUUGCAGCAGGAAGACCCCUGGAGGGAGGACGAACACCAUGAUUUGGGAUCUGAUGACAGUUUCACGGCCACGAUACAGAGGCUUGAGCGAGAGGUGCAUGAGGCAAUUGCUGACAACAAGAACCUUCGCGAGAAACAGGAGCAGGAGAUAUUUAAUAUUCAGAGAGAACGGGAAAGAGAGCGUGAGGGACUACAGCGAGAAAUAUUGCAGUGGAAACAUGUUGCAGAAUCCCAAGACCGCAAGUUCCAGGAGAUGAAAGACAAAGUCACCCCCGCUCUAGACAUGCUCAACCUACAUCUGUCGGAGCUUUUCGAUAAGAGAGAGCCCUAG